UGUCUAUGGACGAAUCAAUCAAUCAUUCGAAAAAUCAAUUAUCCAAUCUAUUCGCCGUUUCUACGAUGCGAAAAGCUGAUGAUUGAUAAUCAGUGCAUGUUUUCAUCUCCUAAUUUUUGAACGCGUGCCCGAAAAGGAGGGUCACCACCAACAGCCUCGCCUCCAAUGGCUCUAUCUUCCUUCUUCCAAAGCCGGGGCGCUGUGUUCUCCGCUGCAAUUGUUCUUCGCGCAGUUUUCUUAAUCUAUGGUCUAUUUCAAGAUGCAUUCUCGCCAAUGAAAUACACAGACAUCGACUACUUUGUAUUCACAGAUGCUGCGCGUUUCAUUGCUCAAGGGACAUCACCAUAUGCGAGAGACACAUACCGUUACACCCCAUUGCUUGCUUGGAUGAUAUAUCCGACGACAUGGCCGGGCUUUUGGUUCUCAUUCGGAAAAGUUCUGUUCGCGGUAGGAGACAUUGUGGCAGGUUGGAUGAUGUUUCGCAUACUCGGCACGUACCAACACAUGCCACAAGAAAGAGCAUUGAAAUUCGCAAGUAUCUGGCUGUUGAAUCCGAUGGUGGCUACGAUAAGCACUCGUGGAAGUUCGGAGGGCUUGUUGGGAGUCUUCGUCACCGCAUUGCUCUGGGCUGUGCUCGCAAGGCGCACGAGAAUUGCAGGCUUGCUGUUGGGGUUUGCUGUCCAUUUCAAGAUCUAUCCUUUCAUCUACGCAGCUUCAAUUGUUUGGGCACUUGAAAAAAAGAACCCUGCCUCUAACAGGCGGAAUACUACCUCCCAAUCACCCCUGGAAGCGGCUGUGAACUUUGUAACUCUCGAAAGACUGGAACUAGCAUUAUGGAGUUUGGUCUCGUUCGCCGGCCUCAACGUGGUCAUGUACAAAGGCUAUGGACAACCAUUCUUGGAACACUCAUAUUUCUACCAUCUGAUCCGAAUCGAUCAUCGCCACAACUUCUCACCAUACAACACACUUCUGUACUUGAAGUCGUCGCCACAUGCCGCCACAACUCCCUCAUUCGGCCUCGAGCGCCUCGCAUUUCUGCCGCAGCUUCUACUCAGUGCUGUCCUGAUCCCACUUCUUCUGGCAAAGAAGGAUCUUCCGGCCACCAUGCUUGCGCAAACGUUCGCUUUCGUGACGUUUAACAAGGUUUGCACAAGCCAGUAUUUCCUGUGGUACAUGAUGUUUCUCCCAUACUACUUGCCGGAUUCAACGCUGCUCCGAUCUUCGUCUAUUGGAAUUCCGGCGUUGAUAUUCUGGAUACUUGGGCAGUUCGCGUGGCUUCAACAAGGAUACCAACUCGAAUUCCUGGGCCGAUCUACAUUCGUUCCGGGACUAUGGCUCUCUAGCAUUGCUUUCUUCUUUGUGAACGUUGGCAUCCUAGGCGUGGUCAUACGGGAUAUCAAGGCGAAAGGUGAGAAAGGCGGCGCGGUAUCGAGUGCAACGAAAACCAAGUAAACUACGCGAUUUUUUAGUCGCGAGUCUUUUUCAAAGCGUAUCCUAUUGCCCGAGCAGAGGAUGUAGCAACAGCUCCGGAAUACAUACAUGUAAACAUACUUGGAUAUGAUAAGUGAGACGAGAUCCAUAUAUCAUGCAAUCAAAUUUUUUUACCCAGUAUGUCUUG